AUGAAUAUAAAGGAUAGAACUUCAGAAUUUCAACAAAGCGUGUUGAGUUACAAGAAAAGAAACAAAAACUUUAAAGAGCAACAGAGAGAACGUCUUCAAGAACAAGAAAACGGAACUUCUACUAACAGUGCUACCGGCAAUGGGAGAAAUGUCUCUGAGUUUCAAAAAAAGGCCUCUGGCAUAGCCCAUGAAAUUUCAUCUACCGCGCAGUUAUUAUCUAAAUUAGCCGUUCUGGCCAAGAGAAAACCCAUGUUCAAUGAUAAUCCCAUCGAGAUUGCUGAACUGUCGUUUUUGAUCAAAAGAAAGAUUUAUGCCAUUGAGCAAAGUUUAGUACAGUUAAGCCAGCUUAAAAAAACCGACGUGAAUGGUAAUGCGUCAAAUAAAUCGUCUAAUCAACCAAGUGCUGUGCAGCAUUCCAAAAAUGUUGUAAACCUUUUGAACACCCAAAUGAAAAACAUAUCAGGAAAUUUCAAAGACGUACUGGAGGAAAGGCAACGAUUAGAAAUGGCAAACAAAGACAGAUGGCAAAAAUUGACCACUGACACCGAAAAUGCACAAGGGGAUGAUCACACACAAAGUAGUCAUGCUGUGGACUUGACCACAUACAACAACUCUAACCCAUUCAUGACUUCACUAAUAGAUGAAUCCUCAGAAAAGAAUAACAGCUCGUCCAAUCAAGGCGAAUUGUCUUUUCCUCAAAACGAUUCUCAAUUAAUGUUGAUGGAAGAGGGCCAGCUAUCAAAUAAUGUCUACUUGCAAGAAAGAAAUAGAGCAGUGGAGACAAUAGAGUCCACCAUUCAGGAAGUAGGGAAUCUCUUUCAACAAUUGGCUUCCAUGGUCCAAGAGCAAGGCGAAGUCAUCCAAAGAAUUGAUGCUAAUGUAGAAGACAUCGAUUUAAAUAUUAGUGGCGCUCAAAGAGAACUUUUGAAGUAUUUCGACAGGAUAAAAAGUAAUAGGUGGUUAGCCGCUAAGGUGUUUUUUGUAAUUUUUGUAUUUUUUCUAAUUUGGGUUUUAGUCAACUAA